GGUCUGGGUGAGCGUUUACCUUCUUUAUAAGCAGCGAGCCCGGGUCCACAAUGGCAGUCCCCUACGCCUUGCUGUGGCAGCAGGAUGAGAAUCUCCAGGGGCACCCGCAGCCACCUAAUCUCCCUACUCCUCUUCCUGUUCCAUUCAGAGGCAGUCUGUCGCCCUUCUGGAAAAAGACCUUGCAAGAUGCAAGCCUUCAGAAUCUGGGAUGUUAACCAGAAGACCUUCUACCUGAGAAAUAGCCAGCUCGUGGCUGGUUACUUGCAAGGACCAAAUGCCAAACUGGAAGAAAAGAUAGACGUGGUGCCCAUUGAGCUUCGGACCAUGUUCCUGGGCAUCCACGGGGGGAAGCUGUGUCUAUCCUGUGUGAAGUCUGGUGAUGAGAGCAAGCUCCAGCUGGAGGAGGUUGACAUCACUGACCUGGGCAAGAACAGUGAGCAGGACAAGCGCUUCAUCUUCAUCCGCUCGGACAAUGGCCUUACCACCACCUUCGAGUCUUUCUCCUGCCCAGGCUGGUUCCUAUGCACGGCGUUGGAAGCUGACCAGCCCGUCAGCCUCACCAACAUGCUGAACGAAUCUGUUGUGAAUACCAAGUUCUACUUCCAGGAAGACCAGUAAUGCAGUCCAGGCCUACUCCUCUCCACUUCCAGCCCCUCAGGGACUCCAGGAACCACCUCUCCACCCCUGAGGAGCAGCCUUUGCACGGUCAGCCACGGGAAUGAGGCUCGAGAGCCCUGGACACGGCCUCCUCAGUGUCCAGCCUCCUCAGUGGACACCACCUCCAGGCUGUCUGCAGAACUGUCUCUUUAAAGCACACUUUGCAUCUGGGCAGCCCCCUGUUCGCAAUGCUUGCCCUUCUGUCUACCGUCUGGGAAAAGCCCAGACCACCUGCCUGGCCUUACACCCUCUGGGUCACUGUCCCAGCUGGCAUGCCGCUGACCUGACAGGCCACUCACCAACCUCCUAAACAAGGGCCUCCCUCACCCUGAUCCAUAAACGGAUGUUGGUUCCUGGGGAGGUGUUUAAAGGUCUAUGAAAAAUGGACUUCUUAGG